AUGUCGUUCAACGAUCGUUACUUCUGGGGGCCGCUUAUCAAUGCCGACAAGAGCCCGGCUCCAUUGCUGGAGCAGCUCUGUCUGGGCAUUGCAGAGUUGAUGAUCAGCUUCCACGAUUGCGGAACCACCGAUCUCACUCCAGAGCGACUCGCAGCCUUCUACCAUAAAGUCGGCGGCAAUUAUGAUCCCUUGUUUCUCGAAACGAAGCCAUCUGCCCUCUCGUUUAUCUACCAGUCGCUAGGGUGCUUUCACAGCCUCCAGCCAUCUACCAGUGCCUUCGAGCCCCCGUCCCUUCCGGCCCUGCUACCGAGUGGCUUCGUGCGAUGGCAAACGAUUCAGAUCCUGUUAGACCCAAAUGAACACGUGCGUUUCCUGCAAAACGCCGUCAGGAUGUGGGACAUUCGCAACCCGUUCGGGGGUUACUUUCCCAAGUCCCUCCCUAGGGAUUCUUUCCCCCCGGGACCGGAUAUGGAAAUGAUCCAAUGGCAUGAGCAGGUUAGCCGGCGACUGGAGUAUGAUUACCUGAAAAGAAGUGUGCCACAACCGCCGCCGCCGCCAAUCUCUGAACAAUAUCAAAAUCGCUUUCUUCCCAGUCAAUUAGCUUUAGUCCCAGUCCGAAAAGAGGAACCAGAGGAGGAGAGAGCGCUUGUUCGAACCAAACAUCGGACCGUCCCGCAAUAUCGGUAUGUUGAGGCAAAUGAUUCACCACCCCGUAUGCCAAAUGGAAAACGCAGCAGCGCAGAACAUCCACCGCCGCCCUCGCACAAGAUGCCACCGAGGUUAUCGCCGCCACCAGAGAUCAAACCACGAGCCCCGUCGCCGCCGGUCUGGCCAGAACAACCGGCUAAAAGCAGACGCCGGCAGCGCGCAUCAAGCAUUCCCGAAUCAGUUGCUCCAGAAGCAAUUCCAGGAUACUACCCGUCUGAUGUAUCUUCUGAACCUCAGUCGCCAGCACCAGAACCAUCACCUCGGUACCAUCGUCGGUAUUUGUCCCCUCAUCGAGGAUCCCGUGCGCGUCGACACUCACAUGAUGCGUAUUCAAGAAAACCCCCUCGAGACAUCUCCCCAGAGUAUCCUAAACACUAUGCGCCUCACCAUAGCAACAGACAUUCAGGCGGAUGGCAUGACGCAAACGCACCCUCAAGAGUCCAUUGGGCAUACAAGGAGGAAAUAACCCCACCCAAACACCCAGGGGUCAGGUUUCGCGAAUACGCUUCUGAAGAGCCAGUAACGGUUCCCUCCAGUCCUGAAUCACCCGCAUUCGUUCCCGUCCAUCCGCGAUAUGCAAACCCUGGCUACAUGCCACCUCACGCUCCAGACCCGAAUAUCGAAGAUCCAAGACGACGUUACAGUGGUGGCAGUCUUCCAGAACGUCCUCGGUUUGCGGGCCCGGGAGUCAGUCCCUGGCCACCGCAAGCUCCUGUGCGGAUGUAUCCUGCUCAAGGACCACCUGCGGCAUAUGAAGGACCACCUACAGCAUAUUUUCCGGUACCAGUACCAGAUAUGGAAUAUGUGGCUCCGAGAAGGAUGUAUAGGUGA